AUGAGUUUGAACCAUGCCAUCCACGAUAUAGUGCACAAUCUCCAUAUUCUCCAACAAUACCAAGAUACCACUUUUCACCAAGAAUCAACCUUUCGUCUGCUUCUAGAAAGCGUGGUCCAUGCGCUUUGCUCGCUCCUCCGUGUUGAUACUGCGCCGUCACAUCUUCAAAUCUCUACGGAUGUUUUUGGAAAACUGACUUGGGCGCUCUUCCACAAUGCACAUCCAGACUUCCCGACCCAUGCUAGCAUAUUUGAGUUUCUCCGAUCGGCGCCGCCUGAAUCGCAUUCAGCCCGUCUCCUUCUGCUUCUUCGAGACUUGGAUCUGCAGGCCCGCCUAAAAGAGCCGUACUCUUCGAUCUGGAAUCAUCUCUCGAAGUUGGUGCUGUUGUUUGCACAGCGUCACAAGUCUUCGGAAAAACGCUUGGUAGACUACGUGGCCCGAUGCUUUGCGUACGAGUAUGCGUACUUGCUGGGUCUUCAGUCGCAAUUGGAUGACGUUGCGCUGGAUACGGAAAACUUGGCCCAUGCUGUGGAUAGUUUCCUUCGACGGCACGACAGAGACCAAGAUUCGUUCCACAACUAUGACGAGGCGCCGCAGGUUUCCCGGCCGCUUAAUUUUUCCUCCAACAUUCCGAGUUUCUCUCUGGUUUACCAUAUGUUCCUUGAGUUGUCUCUUUUCAAAUCACAUGAAACUCCAGACUGGGAUAUGCUGACAUACGCCAAAGUCUCAGUGGAUUACUUUCGCUCUUCACAUGCCAUCGAACACAUGGAUGCAGAAACGCUGGACUUGUAUCAAAUCUUCUGCGAUUUCUUUUUAGGUUCUGAAUCUGAGGAUGGGCUUCUUUCAGAGAAUCUUCACGACAUUGCUCGUGAAGUGCUACUUCUUUAUUUCGAAAGCAUUUCACUAUCUCCUCUGCAAAAUACUGAACUGAAAGACUUGUCAAGGGCACAACUUGUGGAGUUGGUGUCUAAUUUGGAUGCGGUGGUUUCCAUUCUCAAUGAGUAUGAUCUAGACUUCAACCCCCAAUUUCCACAGUUUUUCAAACACUAUCUCUUCUUGGUCUACGAGGAUCUUGCUCACUAUGCUUCCUCGCAAGAUUACAGCUACAUUGGUGAGAUUCUCGACACUGUCAGAGCAAUUGCUGAUUUUGAAAAUUCUCCACUAGAAGAUGAAAGCGAUCUGAUUCGCAACAUAGUCCACAAACUCCAUAGUAUGCAAUUUUCCAUACUUCUGCCUCGCUCUGGACUGAGCUUACUAAUGCGUCUUGCCGUUAAAGAUAUGGAUCGCUUAACUUCUUUGUUUAGAAAUGCUUUUACCCAUUGGAACUAUAGAUUGCUUGGCACCGCUCAAUUGCAUGUGCUCUAUGAAGAUCGGUUUCUUCCUGGCUUGAAAAAGCGCCAAUCGAAGCGAUUUUUCUCUAUUUGGUAUAAUAAGAAAAUGCGGUAUAGCGACUUGACUCGCCAUGCUGCAUCUUAUAGUGACAAGAAGCUUCUUGCAAAAUACCUUACGUCCAACUGGAUUGAAAAGCUUCUUCAGCUUUCACAAGCAGAAAUGAAGGGUGAAGUGUUCCAAAUUAAACCGCGGUUUAAUAUAUGGAGACGCAAGUUCAAGGUCCUUAAGGACUUGGAAAAACGACUGGUUGAUUUGGCCAAUGCUAAAGCACUCAGAUUUUCUUUUACCCGGUUGAAAUUGAAAGUAGACAAAGUGGGCGAUUUGGAAGAUACUGCAGCUGAUUUUCACACAAGAAGUGCUUCCAAAACUGAUAUUGUGCUUUUGAAAGAGUGUUUUCUACUAUGGUCCCACAAGCUUCAUUCUGGAAUAUUCACACCUGCCACCUCGAGUGAAAAAUUGUCAAGAUUAGGGGAAUUGAAUAAAGGGUUUGUCUUACGCAAGCACUUUCGUUCCUGGCGUCAACGAACUUUACUUUUACAGGCCGGCAGUGAACUUGAGAAAAGAUCACGAUUCCUUCUUAAACAUAACUUCCUUCAUUUGUGGCAAGUACGUUUACAACAGCACUACACAUACCAUUUACAUGUCACAGAACGCGAUAGAAGGCUUACAGCGAAUGCAUUCAGUGCUUGGAAAACAAGUUUGAGGCAUAGAACAGAGGCAUCUGAAUAUUAUAAAAGAAAUCUUUUCAAGCGAGCUUUUAAGCAAUGGAGAUUGAGCUUCGCUUUUUCCAACUCUGCCGAAAACCGGCAAAGAAAGGAUGUAAUACUCGCUUUCCAAACGUGGAAAUUGGCGACAAAAAGUAACCAAUUCCAGUUUGUUUUCAACUCAAAAUUAAAAACGUAUGCAUUCGAUUCUUGGGCAGACUCCAGCCGAAAAAUUAGUGAGAACAACGUCAAGGCAAUAACGGCCUACGAAAUAAACUUGUUGCGGAAACAUUUACUCUUGUGGGGUUCUCGUUUGAACAUGAACAGUGAACUUAUAACUGUGGCCGACUUGAAUUUCCAAAGAAAAUAUCUUAAUAAGAUGGUGGGGAAAUCUUCAAAACACAGGAAACAAGAAAAGGUUGCGAGUCAAGUUUUACAGAAACGUAUGCCUCUCGAAGAGAGAAUGACCACUGGUGUGAUUCUUCGAAAGUGGAAAGAUCAGUAUUUGAGAAGAUUUGAAGACUUAUCACGCAAAGCAGUUUGCGAUUUUGAGCAAGGGUUUAGAAAUAAGAAUACUACUCGCUUGUUUUUCAAGUUUUGGAGGCGGAGAUUGAAGAAUGUGCACCAGCAUCAGAAAAAUCUACAUAUUCGUCUUGAACACUUUUCUGGCAUGAAUGAAGUUGGCAAACAUUUUUUUGAGCGUUGGGUAGAACGAACAGCAUCUCAGCACCACGCAUUGGAACAAAGCAAGAAUUUCUAUAAUAACUUACUUUACAAGAAGUAUUUGUUGGCGUGGUACGAAAAGUAUGUUACCAAAGUGGAUUACUUGGCCGAUAUUGCUGAGGAGAUGAUAGGCCAAAAGGAUUACAUGUCGCUUCUCGAGAGCUUGCGGAAGUGGAACUUGAAACUUAUCAAGAUUGUGAAAAGAAACAACCAAACGUGUGCUAUGUUUCGGGAAAAAUGGGAGAAGGCCAACGCAAAAUCGCUUUUUGAGUUAUGGUUACACAAAACUCGGCAACGGGAGCUUUUGCUUGAUGAUGAACAAGAUGGAGAAUACAUUGAAGCGAACUCCACUUUCGGAAGCAGUCUGUCGCCGCUUUUCCGGAAAAACCCAAAGCCAACUUCCAACAGUGUAUUUGACACUGCAAGCUAUCUCAACACACCUGUGAAGAAGCAAGUACAAGGCUUGUUUACCCCGCAACACAGAAAGGGCCCCAGUCCAACAAAGCUUCAGGAAACGAAUCAGAGGAUGAAAGUGGACCGAAUGGACGCUUUGAUUAACCGCUACAAGCUGGCCAAGAAACCUUCGAGAAGCCUUCUUCAGAAUCGCGUACGGCUCUCUCCUCCGAAACUGAAAACCGACUCCACUUUACCAAUGAAGCCACCUGCUCCGCGUUUUGAAACACAUUCAUCCAGCUCUUCUCCAGAAGCUACGUCUUCGCCAGAAGCUGCGUCAUCAUCUACUUUGAUGGAAGACAGCGCCCUUUGGAGCACAGCUAAAAAACUCAACAGGAUCAAGCCAUUGGUCAUUCCGCCGCACAAGGAAGACAAUGAGUUUCGUUUAAUGUCAGUGAGCAACUUAAGGGCGAGGCUUACACGGAAUAGUUCUUCAAAUGUCUUUGACGACAAUUCCUGA